AUGUCCAAACAAAGGUACGUAGAAGAAGAUGUAAAAGUACCCUUGUUAGAAACAAAAAGGGAGGAAUCGGAUGAAGAUCAAUGUCUAUCACGAAGGGUUCUGAUCGAAUCCAAGAAGCUAUGGCGUAUAGUCGGUCCGGCCAUCUUCGGUCGGAUCGCUUCAUUUUCCAUGUUCGUCGUUACCCAAGCCUUCGCCGGUCAUCUCGGCGAACUUGAACUCGCUGGCUUGUCCAUUGCUAGUAGUGUCAUUUCUGGCUUCGACUUUGGCCUUAUGUUGGGGAUGGCAAGUGCACUAGAAACGUUAUGUGGACAAGCAUUUGGGGCGAAGAAAUAUCACAUGUUAGGAAUAUACCUACAACGUUCGUGGAUUGUGCUUCUAUUAUGUGGCCUUUUAACGUUACCAUUGUACAUAUUUGCGACUCCAGUCCUAAAGCUUCUGGGACAACCGGAUGAUGUGGCUGAGCUUUCUGGGGUUGUGACCUUAUAUUUAAUCCCUCUUCACUUCAGCUUCACAAUUCAGUUUCCGUUACAGAGGUUCUUGCAAAGCCAGCUGAAGAACAAUGUGACCGCUUUGGUCCAGUUUGGUGCCUUUGUGACUCACGUGAUGUUGAGCUGGAUAGUUGUGUCUAAAUUCAAGCUCGGAUUGCUCGGCGCCACCGCGGUUUUGAAUAUUUCGUGGUGGCUUAUUGUGGUGGGAUUGUUUGCUUACACUGUUUGCGGUGGGUGUCCUCAAACUUGGACUGGUUUCUCUUUUGAAGCAUUCUCUGGUCUGUGGGAGUUCAUAAAACUUUCUGCUUCUUCUGGGGUCAUGCUUUGUCUGGAGAACUGGUACUACAGGAUAUUGACUGUUCUGACUGGAAACUUGCCGGACGCUAAAAUAGCUGUUGAUGCUUUGGCAAUUUGCAUGAACAUUAAUGGAUGGGAGAUGAUGAUUCCUCUGGGAUUUUUCGCGGGAACUGGAGUAAGGGUUGCGAAUGAACUGGGAGCUGGAAACGGGAAAGCAGCCAAGUUUGCGACAAUCGUAGCAGUGUCACAGUCCAUAGCGAUUGGUUUCAUUUUCUGGCUGUUUAUCAUAUUCUUCCACAGUCAACUGGGCUUCAUUUUUACAGAUAGCCCAGUUGUUAUUGAGGCUGUCCACAGGCUCUCAAUUCUCCUCGCUUUCACCGUUCUUCUCAACAGCGUCCAACCCAUUCUUUCAGGGGUUGCUGUUGGUUCUGGGUGGCAAGCAUAUGUGGCCUACAUAAAUUUGGGUUGCUACUAUUUACUUGGGGUGCCUUUGGGUUUUACCAUGGGAUGGGCUUUCAAUUUCGGAGUGAAGGGAAUAUGGGCCGGAAUGAUAUUUGGUGGAACUGCAGUUCAGACGCUGAUACUAGCUAUCAUUACAGCUAGAUGUGAUUGGGAAAAAGAGGCAGAGAGAGCAAAUAAACACGUGGAAAAUUAUUGUUCUUGCACAUUGAUCCCAAAAAUGUCAAAUGUAAUAUCAACUGAUGAAGACGAUGCAAAAGUACCAUUGUUACAACACCAUCCGAACCAUGCUCUUCAAACAAAUAGGGAUGGAUCAAUAGAGGAAGGUCAACGCCUUACUACUAGGAUCUUGGUUGAAUCCAAGAAGUUAUGGAGAAUAGUUGGGCCGGCCAUAUUCGGCCGGAUAGCUUCAUAUUCCACGUUCGCUGUUUCCCAAGCUUUCGCUGGCCAUCUCGGAGAUCUUGAAUUCGCCGGCUUUUCAAUUGCUUCCAGUGUCAUAAGUUCCUUCAACUAUGGCUUAUUUUUAGGGAUGGCAAGCGCAUUGGAAACGCUGUGUGGGCAAGCUUAUGGAGCGAAGAGAUAUUCCAUGUUAGGAAUAUAUCUACAACGUUCCUGGAUCAUUCUUUUUUUAUGUGGCAUUUUGACUUUACCAUUGUACAUAUUUGCUACUCCGAUUUUGAAGCUGCUCGGACAACCGGAUGAUGUUGCUCAAAUUUCGGGGACCGUGGCCAUCCACCUGAUACCAAUUCAUUUUAGUUUUGUGGUUCAAUUUCCGUUGCAAAGGUUCUUGCAAAGCCAGUUGAAGAAUUAUGUGACUGCCUUGAUCCAAUUCGGUGUUUUCUUGAUACAUUUGGCCUUGAACUGGUUAAUCGUGUCUAGGUUCCACCUGGAAUUGGUCAGCGCCACCGUCAUUUUGAGCCUUUCUUGGUGGUUGAUGGUGGUUGGCUUGCUGGUUUACUGUCUUUCUGGUGGUUGUCCUCAAACUUGGACUGGGUUCUCUGUUGAAGCAUUCUCUGGGCUGUGGGAGUUUCUCAAGCUUUCCGCGUAUUCUGGCGUCAUGCUAUGUUUGGAGAAUUGGUACUAUAGGAUAUUGAUUGUGAUGACUGGAAAUUUGCCCAACGCUAAAAUAGUAAUUGAUGCUUUGUCCGUUUGCAUGAACAUCAGUGGAUGGAUUACGAUGAUUCCUAUGGGAUUCUUAGCCGGAACCGGAGUUAGGGUAGCAAAUGAAUUGGGAACUGGAAAUGGAAAAGCAGCCAAGUUUGCUUCAAUAGUAUCCGUAACACAAUCUUCGAUAAUUGGUCUGUUUUUCUCACUUAUUAUUAUAUUCUUCCGCGAUGAGCUGGGACUCAUUUUUACGGAAAGCUCAGUAGUUUUAGAGGCCGUCCGUAACCUUUCACUCCUAUUAGCUUUUACAAUUCCCCUCAACAGCGUCCAAUUCAUCCUCACAGGGGUUGCGGUGGGUUCUGGAUGGCAAGCAUACGUGGCAUACAUAAACUUGGGUUGCUACUAUUUACUUGGAGUGCCUUCUGGCCUUGUUAUGGGAUGGCUCUUCCAUUUUGGAGUUAUGGGAAUAUGGGCUGGGAUGAUAUUUGGAACUGCAGCUCAAACUGUGAUACUAGCUAUGAUCACAGCCAGGUGUGACUGGGAAAAGGAGGCGGAUAGAGCAGAUAAACACGUGAGGAAAUGGGAAGGAAGAUGA